GAGCCUAAAAAGGUACGCGGAGGAGAGAACGGAGCUAUAUAAAGGUAGACUUGUGUGGAGUGUGGAGUGUGGAGUGUGGAGUGACAUUUUUUGAUUCACAUUUGGUUUGAGAUUCGAGAACUAAUCAGAGAUUGGGAGAGAGGUAUUCUGGAAGACGGAAAUGGGAAAUUGGGCGAUGGUGGUGUUGGCGAUUCUGAUGGUAACGGCAACGGUGAGGGUGGCUGAAGGGCAAGGAAGCGGUAGUACACCGUCGUGUGCGGCGGCUUUGGUGCCAUGCGCGGACUACCUUAACUCCACGAAGCCACCGGCCUCUUGCUGUACACCUCUCCGCCAGGCCGUGGCUACACAACUCAAAUGCCUAUGCAAUCUCCUCAACGACACUUCCUUGUUUAAUAGUUUGCAUAUCAAUAUGACCCAAGCCCUCGAGCUUCCCAAGUAUUGCGGAGUCAAUGACACUACUACCGCCUGCCGCAAAUUUUCAGCUCUAUCUCCCUCAUCGGCUGAUACUACUACUACUACUACUACUCCACCACCUCCAGGAGCAACUGGCAAUGGCGUGGGGAAGCUACCUUGGAAUGGGAUGUCUUGUUUACUUGUACUUUUGGCUUUUAUGGAGGUCAUUAGGGACUUCUCUGUGCUUUAAAUCCGUGCUUGAGAGCUCUACUUAUUUGCAGGUUUUCUUCCUCGUUCGUGCAUUCUAUUGAUUUAAAUUUUGCGGGUCUCCUUUGUUUCCCAAAUCGCUUUUCAAUGUCUGUUUCAGUGUAGUUUAUUUCCCUCACCCAGCUUAGUUUACACAGCAGCCCUUGUUUGUGCUAUUUAGUAGUGAUAUUAUAAUGAUGGUAUUUUAUAUGGUGUUAGCCUUA